AUGACUGGUACCGACAAUACUUCGAAGAACCCCGCCCGAGUUGCUGCUGGCUUGAAGAGCACCCUCGCUCGCGACAACGUCUCUGACGAGGCAAAGGUGAACGCGCAGGAGCGACUGAUGGAAAUGGGAUAUACUGAAGAUGUCGCUGCAUACCAACAUGACGAGGAAUUGCAUCAAACCCGCGUCCAAGCUGGCUACAAAGCCGCGUUGUCGAAUCCUAAAGUGUCGGAGGAGGCCAAGGAGAAUGCCCGUCAGCAUCUGGAGGAGAGCGAAUUGAACUAA